AUGGCUCGUACAAAGCAGACUGCCUGCAAAUCCACCAGUGGUGAAGCACCCAGGAAACAACUGGCUACAAAAGCCGCUCGCAAGAGUGCGCCCUCUACUGGAGGGGUGAAGGAGCCUCAUCGUUACAGGCCUGGUACUGUAGCACUCAGUGAAAUCAGAUGCUGUCAGAAGUCCACUGAACUUCUGAUUCCCAAACUCCCCUUUCAGCGUCUGGUGCGAGAAAUGGCUCAGGACUUCAAAACAGACCUGCGCUUCCAGGAGGCAGCGAUUGGUGCUUUGCAGCAGGCAAGUGAGGCCUAUCUGGUUGGCCAUUCUGAAGAUACCAACCUGUGUGCUAUCCAUGCCAAACAUGUAACAAUUAUGCCAAAAGACAUCCAGCUAGCACGCCACAUACGCGGAGAACAUGCUUAAGAGUCCACUAUGAGGGGAAACAUUUCAUUCUCAAAA